UGUGCUGCCAGAAAAACAGCGCAGCAGUAUAGUGAUGACAUUCCUAUUUGCAGGUGAAAACAGUAAUAAAGGCACAUGAUCUGCUAACAGCACAGACCACAAGUGCGACAGACUUAGUAAGAAUGUACUUUGCCUAUUUGCAAAUCAAAGUACUGUAAUAAAUUACAGGGAAACAAGCCGCAAAUCUGCUCAUAAUGUCUUCCAUGACAUGAAAUAGUACUGCUCCAAGACUGCAAGAGAAAAUAUCAAAGGAAGGUUUUAAGGGACUUGACAAAAGAGUGAGUCAGCAACCACCCGGAAGUUAGCAACUACAUGACAUGGAAGAAAGCAGACUUAUUUAACUCACCUCCCGUAGCUAGUAAUCCGAUCAGAACAGUGCAUCAUACUUUAAAAGAUAUGACUUUGGACCAAGCAAGGAUCAAUAAAAUAUAAAUGAACAAUUUACUGCAGCCAACUAACCAGCAUGUUUUUGAAAGUCUGGAACAAAAUCAAAAUACCCAGAGAAAAUGCAUAAAGCAGAAGAGAGCAAGCAAACUACAUAGAGACGGUGCCUGGAAGUCAGGACUGAACCACAGACACUGGAGUAGUGAGACAGAAUGUGGAAUCCAACUCUUAUUGCCCUCCUGUGCCUCACCAUUGCCUUCACCAACCAAGCUCAGGCAGCAAAAGCAACGUCAUCUUACUCUGGAGAAUAUGGUGGUGGUGGUGGAAAAAGAUUUUCCUUCUCUGGAAAUCAGAUUUAUGGGCCAAUCACAGCAAUGAGAGUCCGUUCCAGCAGCUUCUACAUUACUGGCCUGCAGGUUCGGUUUGGUCAGGUUUGGAGUAACACAGUUGGAGGCCGUAUUGGAAACUUAGAAGAAGUCUUCCUUCAUCCUGGUGAGCACAUUAUACAAGCUUAUGGCAAAUAUACCAGCCACGUCCGUCAAAUAGUUUUUGUCACCAAUAAAGGACGUCAGUUCCCCUUCGGCAAGAGCAAGGGCACCAGCUUCAAUGCUGCACCUCUGUACCCAAACACUGCAUUACGUUUCUUUAGUGGAAGUGAGUCCUCAGCCAUAGAUGCAAUUGGUUUCCACUGGGAUGUUGCUGAUAGUGGCUGUGUUCACUGCGCGAAAUAACAUGCAUAACACAUCUAGUUUUUUGAUCAACAAAUAACAUUCACAUUCUUUAUAAUCUGAAUUACUCAACAGUCAAAAUAAAGUUAUGAGUUGCUAUUGUA